UGGCUUUCAGUCGACGCUGUGCCACCUAACAGAACGGACGCACUCAAUUUUUGACGGCGACAUUUGCGCCCAGCUUUUCCAGCAUCUCACGUCUGCGCGCUGUUAUUUAUUUUUUAUUUUGCGCCGCGAUGGUGGCCCGCCACAGGUCAUCAAAGAACAGCAGCAGAGGGCGUUGUACUACCGGUGUCACGACCACCAUACUUAUCCUCACCUGUGGAGUAAUGGUGACGGUGGCCAAUCCAGACGCUAAGCGACUCUACGACGACCUGCUCUCCAACUACAACAAAUUGGUGCGGCCAGUUGCCAACGUCAGCGACGCGCUGACCGUCAAGAUCAAACUGAAACUAUCGCAGCUGAUCGAUGUGAAUUUGAAAAAUCAAAUUAUGACGACAAAUCUAUGGGUGGAGCAGUAUUGGUACGACUACAAAUUGCAAUGGAAUCCAGCGGAUUACGGGGGCGUCGACAUGCUCAACAUCCCUUCGGAGAACAUUUGGCGUCCGGAUAUCGUCCUUUACAAUAAUGCCGAUGGCAAUUUUGAGGUGACGCUAUCGACCAAAGCGACCAUGUACCACAGCGGAUUGAUCGAGUGGAAGCCGCCGGCCAUUUACAAAUCGAGUUGCGAGAUCGAUGUCGAGUAUUUCCCGUUCGACGAACAGACGUGCGUCCUCAAAUUCGGAAGUUGGACAUACGAUGGAUUUCAGGUGGAUCUACGUCAUUUGGAAGAGAAAUUCGGAUCGACCGUCGUCGAGAUGGGCGUCGAUUUGAGUGAGUUCUACAUGUCCGUCGAAUGGGACAUUCUAGCCGUGCCGGCCACUAGGAACAUGAAAUUCUACACAUGUUGCGACGAGCCCUAUUUAGACAUCACGUUCAACAUCACCAUGCGCCGGAAGACUCUUUUCUACACCGUCAAUCUCAUCAUUCCUUGCAUUGGCAUCACAUUCCUCACUGUUCUCGUCUUCUAUUUGCCAUCCGAUUCCGGCGAAAAGGUGAGUUUAGCCAUAUCGAUCCUGCUGUCAUUGACUGUGUUCUUCCUGCUGCUGGCCGAGAUUAUUCCACCUACCAGUUUGGUCGUGCCACUCCUGGGCAAGUUUGUGCUCUUCACUAUGAUCCUUGACACGUUUAGUAUUUGCGUGACGGUCGUCGUGCUAAACGUGCAUUUUCGUUCGCCGCAAACGCACACCAUGUCACCGUGGGUCCGUCGAGUCUUUAUUCACAUCCUGCCCAGGCUCUUGAUCAUGCGGCGCCCUCUCUACGCUAAAUUCAGCUCCAAUCCGAGGAUGAAUUCGCUCAUUUAUCGUUCGUGUCACAAUGGCGUCAUCGAAUCGGGAGAUUACUGGAACCAGCAAGGUCUCGAACAUCAAAGUUGCACGCGUUCAUCCACCGAAUUGUUUGACUCGACAGCUGAUUUGAACACAUCGAGGUCUACCAAAGACGAAACAUUUUCCAGAGAUGCUACGAGUUCCAUGUUCAACGGGCCGUGUCAGCUUCACGGCAGCGCCGGAUUCAUUUCUGCGUGCGCUGUCGAUGCUGACGACGCUCUCCUCACGCCCACUGGCUCCUCAUCGCGCUACGUCAAUUCGAGCGUCGUCACCGGAAUCACUAGCACGUCUGCUAUGCACGCCGGAUUGAGACCCCGGUCCGGACCGCCCCCACUGUCCGAUCUACCACAGCCGUGCUCGGCCGACCGUUGUCUGAUGAGUCCAGGACUUACUUGUCCGGACGUUUACAUGGCACUGGAAGGCGUCCAGUUUUUGGCUGAACACACGCGUCGAGAGCAAUACACAAUCAGGGUCCGAGAGGACUGGAAGUAUGUGGCCAUGGUACUCGAUCGGCUUUUCUUGUGGAUUUUCACGACGGCCGUCCUGCUCGGUACGGCGGCCAUUAUCCUGCAGGCGCCCACUUUGUACGACGAUCGCAUUCCGAUCGAUAUCAGACUGUCGGAAAUUGCUGCCGGAGCGUUGGGUAAAGCUGCCGCCGCCGCCGCUACUCCGCCUACCAUUUAAUUCGCAUUUUUUCUCUCUCUUUUUCUCCCGAUCCCGACCACACCCUUGUAAAUAAAUUCAUUUUGGUCUGCUCUCUGUCUCAUACAUAACACAAAAUAAUGUCCGAGCCUGUUCUUCCUCUUACCGAAAAAUUUCAUUUCAAUCAUCACAGAGACCAACACCUCCCACCUAAUUACACCGUCCCUUCUUUGUUCUUUCAAUUUACACGAGGAUUAAUAACAAUGUACAUAUAGAAAAA